AAACAAAGAGCUGACUCGACUGCUAAUUCUCCAAGAUCAACAUGUCACAGUCAACUUUAUGUCAGUCCUCCCAGUACAGAGCAAUUAAGAACCUCUAUGCUGACUUAGUGGAAGCUAUCUAUCCAGAAAUACAAAACAUUAUGGCCAAAGCAUUCAGCAAGAAUAUUAUUAGAAAAGAACUAUUGGAUUUAUCCAUGGAAACGAGUAUUACAGCUAAUCAUAAGCUAAAAUGUUCAUGUCUGCUAUUGUUUCUCGAAUAAAUCUCGACAGUAAUGCUUUCAAUGUAUUCCUGAGUCUGUUGAAAGAAGUGGAAUUAUUGGGGUAAAUGAAAGAACGUUUAGAACAAGAAGUGGAUAACCUUCAACGUGAAUCAGCUUCGAAUCUACUUUCGGAUGAUACCAUUGUUGUCCACAUCGAUACACAACCUAACCUUGAUCCGUCUGGGGAAAUUGAGCUCAUUACUUCUGAGGAGAAUUCAGAGUUAGAAAAUUCAGAGUUAAAAAGAAUGAUUGUUCAAGAAGCCCAUGACAUACGAGAGGGCGAAGAAGGGCAUUACACUGCCAAGGUGAUUCAGAAAAGAUUCUUCUUGCGUGGGUGUUAUUACACAGGUAUGUGGUGCUCUAUUAGUAUGCCAAGGUAUGCCGAGAUUUAUUUUUUAUUACUGACAAGAAUCAGAGUGCCUGACAGUAUAAUAAAUUUAUUAUGCACGAUUACUGGUAAUUCUCUGACCUAUCAUGUAGCACUUCUAUUUAUGAUCGUUUCCAUGUACAUUGUUGGGACUGUUGGAAUUGGAUUAGGGGCGCAUGUGAUUGCUGCUGUGGAUGACUGCAUCUUAGUGCCAGUAACAAUUGAUGGACAGAAUCAGACGAUCACUAUAGGUGUUGGAAGUGGCAUAUUUGUGCUACUAGUCGGAGUCACUUUGAAUUUCAUUGCCAUAUUUUUCUCUCUACUGACUCUGUAUGCUUGUUGUGGAUUGUUCGGAAAGUGUCAAACACGAAGAUGGAAAGUUCUCCACUGUAUUGGCAUUCCUUUGGGAAUUUGUACUAUUCUCAUUGUUGUGGGAACUAUAGUUUACUCAAUUUUUGUUGGAGUUUCUUUUUAUCCACUUACGCAGCAGGAAUUUGAAGUUCCUUACUGUUGUAGAAUUCCGUACUAUUCAACUUUUAUAUUCAUUCUUAUUGCACAUGUUUUGACAUCAGUUGUAACAACUGUUUUUCUUAUAAUUGUUUUGAUCAUGUGUGUUUUUGUUUUAAUUAGGUGCACUAUCUGUAGCUAAUUUGUCUCUGUAUAGCUUAACAAGGCGCCAGGCAAAGUAGAUUAGUAGUUUCUCACCACAUGGUUUUUGUAAAUUUUGAUGAGAUAAUAAUUAUGAGUAGUCAUG